GAUCACUGAGUGAAAUAUCUUUGCUGAAGGUUUCCGCUGAGUAGUAGAGAUCCAGCAUGUAGCAGAGCUGAACAAGUCCCUUCACGUCUGGGAACAAUCCAACAACAUAAUGGGGAAUUCGUAUGCUGGGCAGCUGAAGUCAGCUCGAUUUGAAGAGGCUCUCCACAACUCUAUCGAGGCGUCGCUGCGCUCAAGCAGUGGAGAUCCACAGCCCAUCUUCACACAGCUCUACCUUGAGCCGGAGCAGUAUCCUGGUAACAUGGAAGACAUGAAGUCAAAAGCAGACAUCCAUGGUGUGGAGCCAGGCCCCGAGCUUAUGAACGGAAACUCUUCCAACGAUCUGGAGGAGAUGGAGGACGAUGACGACUCUGACAGCAGCAGCCCUCCACUCCCCUACCUUCAGACCGCUGCACCAGACGGCUGCUGCACACUGGACGGUUUCUGCCAGGCCGGCAAGGACCUCCGCCUGGUCUCCAUAGCAACCGAGCCCAUUGAAGUCCCUGGGGGCUUCGAGCUGGUCGGCGCCCGGUCCCCCGGUGUGCCCGAGCACAUCCUGGUGUGUGCCGUGGACCGCCGCUUUUUACCUGAUGAUAAUGGGAAAAAUGCACUUUUAGGUUUUUCAGGGAACUGUGUGGGCUGCGGAGAAAAGGGUUUCAGAUACUUCACUGAGUUUUCAAACCACAUCAACCUGAAGUUAUCCACCCAGCCAAAGAAGCAGAAGCACUUAAAAAACUACCUGGUGAAGAAUUCUCAGGGUGCUCUGUGCAAAGGACCCCUCAUCUGCUGGAAAGACAGUAAAUCCCGUCAGUUCUCGAACAGCGCAUCGACGUCAAAACCCAGCUCGUCCUCCUCUCUCAGCAGCAAAGAAAAUGGAGGUGCCAGUGGACACAGCUCCUCUCCCUUCUCCAUGUCAGAUUCUCCCCCCACCAGAACAACGCAAAUGUCCUCCGUCUUUUUUGGGAGUCAGGACCUCAGAGACUGCAGUUUCAUCAAACCUCUGUCAUCCAUACCUGGAAACAAGACUCUACCAAUAGUACCCACAGCUCUGAGGGUGAACAUGCCAACAAAUGGCCUGGGUGUUGAUGGGCGUCCUCCCUUACUGAGCCCCUCGCAGGUCUCUUUAGGGCCUCAGAUUCAGGGGUACCGCACUGCUGACUUAGGAGACAGUCCUGUAUCCACUGCCAUGAACUCGGGUCCUCCAAAGAAGCGCCACAGGAGCUGGCAUCCCAACUCGUUGGUAACCGUCCCACCGACAGCCGCCCCUGUGCCCCCCAUCCGACCCAUAGUUUGUUCUCCAGGCUCUGUGUUAGGAGUGUCCUCUGCUCAGCCACCGGUAGCAGGAAUCAUUCAGCCCCAACCUGUCACUGUGGGAGAGACGGUCAUCGUCCCAGACAACCUGCUCAACUCUUCAGGAGUUCGCCCUGUCAUCCUCAUCGGGCAUGGCACUUUACCUUAUUUCUAUGGGAAUGUUGGGGACAUAGUGGUCAGCCCCCUCCUGGUCAGCUGCUAUAAGAGCAGCCAGCUGACGGAGAAGAGUCUGGAGACGUUGGGCCUCAACAGCAGCCAGCUUCUCUGUGUGGAGACAAUGAUUCUGCUCACUUUACAGUAUCUUGCACGUUUAGGCUCGGUGCAGAUUCCUCUCAGGGAGGAGUUGGAGCAGAUCGUUUUGAAGGCCAUGCUGUGCUGUCCCAGGGGUACGGCCAUCUCCCCGUCCCAGCUGCCCUGGUUGGCUCGGCUGGAAGCCAGCGUCUCAGGAGGCAGCGUACAUGUCGUAGUUACCCAUAAUUCCUUGGGAGAGGGCAUUUCGGAGUCCCUUCGUUCGCUCACUGAGGGUCCCCACCAGCAGAAGUGCCUGCCCACCUAUGUAGUCAUUAUAUGUGCCUCUAAAAUUAGCGGCAACGAGUUCUGUGUGCUCGUAUUGGGAAAGUACCAAGCACGGGCCUUAGCUGAAGGCAUGCUGACAACAAAUGAGUUUCUGAAGGAGAUCAGCUAUGAACUCAUCACAGGGAAAGUCAGCAUCUUGGCGUCUCACUUCAAAACCACGUCACUAGGGGACAAUCUGGACAAGCAGCUGGUGCGAUACCAGCGCCGACGGAAGGGACAGGUCAUCCAGCCCUUCCAGGGCGAUGUCAAUGAUUACAUCCACUCGCAGGAGUCUGCCAGCAUGUCACCGCCCUCAGACAGAGCAGAGAUGUUAUGCAAGGUCUUCCAGAUCCAUCCGAAACAGCUGAGCGUGGCUCGGAGCCUGCUCUCUCAAGUCUGCUCCAUCGCCGACUCGGGAACCCAAAACCUCGACUUAGGCCGUUUUUGUAAAGUGGACUUCCUUGUUUUGGUUCCUCCAUCUCACAUUCUGGUACACCAGACGGCACAGCGCAUCCGACAAUCAGGAGUGCUUGUUGACCUGGGAGUUGAAGAUGUCUGCUCAGCCUACCAGAAAUCAGACAAAUAUGUGGUGCGUCUGGACGCUGAUGUUCAUGUUAAGAUGGAAGCCUUCAUGAAGAAAGUCAAGCAGAACCCCUACACUCUGUUCGUCCUCAUUCACGACAACUCACACGUCGACCUCACAAGUGCUCUGUCCGGCUCUGUGUGCCACGGCGAGCUGCAGGGUUUGGCUGACCGUGUGGUGAACUGCCAGGAGGUUUUGGAUGCCAUGAACCUCCUGGUGCUGCAGGUCAGUUGCUUCCCACACACACUGCAGACCCACCAGUCCCGCAUCAGCAUCCACAACGAAGUUCACUGGCCCACCAACGAAAGUCUGCAGGGGGAGCAGUCUCACAAUGAGUUGCUCUACUUUGGCCUGCGGGACUACAGCAGCUCCCUGCAGUGGGGCGUGGCCAGCCCCAUCCUGCGCUGUGAUGAUGCCUUUGAGAAGAUGGUCCACACACUGCUGGAGAGACAUCCGCACCUGCACAGCAUGGUGAUCCGCAGCUACCUGCUGAUUCAGCAGUACACUGAGGCCAUGAUGGCUCUGACCUCUUCGCCCUCGCUGAGAGACCACAUAACCCCAGAGACCCUGGCCAUGGUAGAGGACCUUAUCAACGCUCCAAGCAGAGAGGGCUCUAAGGGCCGGGGCCACAUGCUGCUUGUUCGAGUCCCCUCCCUGCAGCUGGCGAUGCUGGCCCGGGAACGACUAGAGGACGUGAGGGACAAACUGGGGCUGCAGCUGUGCUUCGCUGUGCUGCUGGGAAGCCCCGCCUCUGAGCUCAACCUGCACAAAAACUUCACCAGUCGCCUCAGGGCAUGGAGAGGUUGUGAGAAUGAAGACUGGGUACCGCACACUUAUGAGGAUCUGGAGGGGCUGCCCUGCAUCGUCAUCCUGACGGGGAAGGACCCUCUUGGAGAAACCUUCCCCAGAUCUCUGAAAUACAGCGACCUGCGUCUGAUAGACUCCAGCUACCUGACUCGUACAGCCCUGGAGCAGGAGGUGGGUCUGGCCUGUACCUAUGUCUCCAGUGGCGUGGUCCAGGAGCCAAAGAAAGCCAUUGCCCCUCGUGAGUCAGACUCUGAGAAGGCCACCACCAGCAUGAAUGAUGGAGAUGAGCUGGAAAGGCCUCAGAGCAACGGCAGCGCUGCGACCAGAACCUCCGGCUCUUUGGUAGAAAACGGAGUCAGUUCAUCAGACGUCGCAGACCAUUUCCAGAAGCCAUCCACCUCCACCUGCCCGCCUGAAAGCGGCAUCACCUCAGACAUCGGCACGGCAACACAAGGCUUCAAGCAAGAGUGUGAUUCCGUGGGAAGCCAGUUCUCCUCCAACCCCUCAAAAACCUCCAAAGCCCCUCCCUCUCUUUACUCCAGCUCUGCCUCGUCCUCGCCCUCCCCAUCGUCCUCCUCCACCCAGAGGCCGAGCCAGUCCACACAGUGUGGUCGAGGGCCUAAGCCCGCUCGGGUGUCGCCCCGGACAGUCAUCAUGUCGCGGGCGGCGUAUAAUCUUCUGGCGGGGGAGUCCGGGAGUCAGCUGAGCUCCUUCUCCCUGCUGCCUCAUGCCGAUGUGGCGUGGAGCAGCCCGCUGAGGCCGCUUAUCACUCACAACCUGCAGGGGGCAGAGCAGAGCAGCUACUACCGCCAGUGGACCAUCGCCAGGCAGCAUCACGCCGAUUACGAGGCUCCAUCUGUGCCACAUCCACGGCGCCUUCUGCUCAGCGGACCCCCACAGGUGGGAAAAACCGGUGCCUAUCUUCAGUUUCUCCGUAUCCUGUUUCGGAUGCUCAUCAGAUUGUUGGAGGUGGAUGUGUAUGAUGAGGAAGAGGAGGAGGAAGAAGAAACAUCAGAGGUUACAACACUCAUAAAUACCCAGCUGCCUGACAUUGAGGAUGUGAGAAAGCUGCCCUUUGAACCCUACCCCCGGGACCCUAAGUUCAAGAAGGCCAGUCCUGUUUACACUGACAAGAUGCCAAAGUACUUUAAAGAUUUUAAGCAAGAAGGCGAGAGCCAAACACCAGCCAAACGAGAGACCAAGUCCAUACGCCUGAGCAGGUUUGCCGCCCACAAUGCCUUUCAUCACUGUGAACAGUGUCACAGCUACUGUGAAGCAGGCCCCGCCACACAGCUGUCAGAGUGCACCUUCCAUGCUUUCACCUUCUGCUCGUCUAUGCUGGGGGAGGAGGUCCAGCUCCAGUUCGUCAUUCCCAAAGCCAAAGAGCAGCACUUUGUUUUCAGUCAGCAGGGCAGCCACUUGGAGAGCAUGCGCCUGCCUCUGGUCUCCACCAAGGACCCUAAUUUGUUAAAGAGUCCAAUCUUCACGCCGACUACAGGACGCCAAGAGCACGGCCUUCUCAACAUUUACCAUGCCAUGGAGGGUGCUGCUCAUCUGCACAUUCUCGUGGUUAAGCAGUUUGAGAUGCCCCACUACAGGAAGUACUGGCCCAACCACAUCCUGCUCGUCUUGCCGGCUAUGUUCAACAGUUCGGGAAUUGGUGCUGCACGCUUCAUGAUCAAAGAGCUGUCGUAUCAUAACCUGGAGCUCGAGAGAAACCGACUUGAGGAGCAAGGCGUCAGGAGGCAAGAUGUAUGGCCUUUCAUUGUCAUGAUGGACGACUCCUGCGUGCUGUGGAACACACACCAGCCGGCAGACAGCAGUGAGACAACAGAGGGAACCAACGUGUCUCUAAAGAGGGUGCUGCAGCAUAUGGAAACCACACCGAAGAUCUCCCUGUAUGCAAUGUGCGGCACUCGCAGGUGGAGCAGCAGCCUAGCUCGCAGGUCUCCCAGCCAACCCUUUAGCCGCUGUCACCUCCACGACUGCGUCAUGCUAAACGUGGACCUGACGCAGAAUGUUCAAUAUGACCUUAAUCGGUACAGCUGUGAGGAGGUGGACUUUAAUCUAAGAGUGAACAGCAGUGGGCUGCUGCUGUGUCGCUUCAACUACUUCAGCCUCAUGAAGAAACACAUUCCAGUUGGGGGGAACAAAGACUUCCUGGUCAAACCGAAACUCAUGGAAAUAGAUAACCCCACCACAAUCAGCCCCUCGCAGUAUGUCUGCGCCCCAGACAGCGAGCAGACCCUCCUGGACGCCCCGGCCCAGUUCCUGCUUGAAAAGUUCCUGCAAAGCUGCAGCCACAGACUGUUUCCAAAGGCCGUUCAGAACAGAAACAACCCAGUUCUGUCCAUCGACAGCUACCUCAACAUCAGCCCGGAGAUUUCUGUGUGCUACAUCAACUCUCGUCCACACUCCACCAACCUGAGCCAUCAGGGCGUGCUGUUCAGCGGCCUGCUGCUUUACCUCUGUGACUCCUUCGUCGUUUCUGGACUCCUCAAGAAAUUCCACUUCCUCAAAGGCGCCACUCUCUGUGUGAUCUGUCAAGACCGGAGCUCCCUGCGUCAGACCAUCGUCCGACUCGAGCUGGAGGAUGAGUGGCAAUUCCGCCUGCGGGACGAGUUUCAGACAGCCAACUGCAGUGAGGACCGGCCCCUCUACUUUCUGACUGGCCGCCAUGUAUGAACCUGACACAUACUGGAUCCACUGCUCUGCUGCAGAAACACUGUAGGAAAGGAGAAAAUAUUUGAUCCCAAACGAGCCAGCGAUCAUAAUUCCUGCCUUUCCAAUGGAAGGGCAGAGGGGAUAAGCUGUCAUGUGGACACAUGUGCACUAUGCCUGGCUCUGAAGAGGGUCGGUGCUUGUUUUAACUUUUGCCUGAAGCUGGGCUAGUCUCAACUUGAGCUUGUGUUCUACAAAAAAAAAGUCUAAUGUGGAAAAAACCAAAGCCCAGCGGAAACUGAACUUUAUUUGUUUUGAUGUUUGCAUAAAUGGACGAUCCCAGAUCAAUGAUGUGACUAUUUGAAGAUUGUAUCUGUACAUACAUACAUAUGUACUUUAAACAGUAUGUCCUUUUCUGGACUUACUGUUUAUCUCAGGGUUUUAAAGGGAGAUCUAAAGGGAAGGUUGCUGAAGCUGUUCUCACCGUGUAUUGUUGACAUUAACUUAUGUUGGCACUAAAGAUAUCUCAGCUGUACCUUACCUUUUCCCUUCGCUUUGCUUGUCCCUCCUUGUCUGCUCUGCCUCUCAAACAAAGCUCAUUGACAAGUCAGAUCACUACAUGAAAGACAUUUUAACAUAUGCCCUGUAGCCUAUUUGAAUCAUAACACGAAUGCAAAUAGGGACUCACUCUGUCUUGUGCCUCGAAAAAUAUUUAUGUGGCAUUGAUAAUCCUUCUGACUGGGAGCUGUAUGAGUGUGGUUUAGUCUGUAAAUGACUGACACAUUCAUUACAACUACAGAAAAGUACAAAUUGUGGAUUUUUAAGGGGUGUAUAUAGUUGUUUAUUGGUUUAAAUACACAACUUUGAAGCAGGUGUGUCGUCCAGAACAGAGUUGUUUUACUUUUACAACGUAUCUUUAUAUAUUCUAUGCCAAUCAGGUUGAGCAACAUGGAAGUGGGACUAGUUUGCUGGUAUGUUUUAAAUUACAUAUGUUUUGGUAAGGCAUCUACUGAUUUGAAUACUGGGUAUUUUAGCAUAAUCACAUAAAGUCAGUAAAUACCAUAUAAUAAGCAAGCCUCUUCACUGCCAAAUAUCCUGCUACUGACUGUGCCUGGGAUUUCACUUCCUGUUACAAUGAGGUUUAUUGUAAGUAGAUGGUUUUGGCUACCAUCCACACUCACAGUCUGACAACUUUUUGUCCCCACAACAAAGGAAAAUCAAGGAAAGGGUUAUAAACGGUGGAAAGCAGCUGACCAGAUCAUUUCAUAUACUUGAAAGAAGAAUGUUUUUGUAUGUUAAUGUGCAGGGUUGUCCAAAGAAUGUGCCUUAAGUGAUGUUUCAUAAAGUCACUGCUUGAGUCACAAUUUUUUUGGACCAAUAAGAAUGAAGAAACCAUUUAACGGUGAGGCGAAGAAGUGUUGUUUGUCUGAUUGAAGCAAAUUGAAAUAAUUGGAUUUCGUACUACUGUACUGUUUAAAGGUUUGUUUACAUUAUUAAUAUAUUAUAUCAUUCCCCGAACCACUGAGGGUUACUGAUGUUUUUUUAGUCUUGUGUAACUUUUGCCAGUCUGUUUCAGUCAUGACGUCUUUCUGCAUUUUAUUUUAUGUUGCAACGGCAAAAAGAAUCUACCUAGAUGUGUCCUUAACCAUAUGUCUGUAUCCCGUCCUGUUCUUGUGUUGGAUUUUUAUUGAAAAUGAAAAUCAGGUCCAUGAGGGAUUCUUAUUUAUUUGACAAGCAUUUUGGACUGAUAAUCAUAUUGAAGUGUAAUAUUUGAUUGCAUGCUUAGCUCGCUUAAAAUGAGGCAGUGUGUCCUCUUCAAAACCAUCCACGAAGGCUUUGCACACGACCCAAAGAACGAUUCUUAGAACUAUUGAAUGUGAAUGGGGCGAGGAAAUAUAAACUUGCACUAUACAAGUUGCCAGCAGAAAAUAUAUAUUUCCCACUGUUAAUUUCACGCCCCUAAAUUUGUCCAAAUAUAAGACUGGUGAUCCAAACUUUAAAUUAAACUCCAAUGGUCCGUAGAAUGUGUAUAUCUUUUUAAUAAUUUAACACUUUAUAUGCAACUUGCUCACACAAUCUUCACUGAAAAGUGUUUGAAAACCAUGUGCAGCCCCGUGUUAGCCUUGGUGUCUAGGUGAUCUACCUCAUGUUUAUCAUUGUGGUUGUGGGCUGAGAACAUAUGACAUUUAAGGCUAUUGUUGUUGAAAAUGUAUCAAUGUAAUAAAAUGGCUUCUAAAUUCA